AUGACCAUGAUUGCCAGCGAGCCGUGGCGCCGCGAGACGGACUCAUCGACCGGCCGCGCGUACUUCUGGCACCCGGCGACGGGCGAGGUGCGCUGGACGCUAGACGACUCGGAAUCCAUGCGCUUCGACCAGGCGACGCGGGCGAGCGACCCGGUUAAGGGCCUGCUGCAUUAUCAGAAUCGGUUGAAGAAAGCGGUGCGGCUGGUAAAAUUUCCGAAGAUUGAGAAGUUCCGACGAAAAAUAGCGAAGUACCGGGCGAUUGUGUCGCCGCCGCCGCCGCCGCCGCGCAAGGGACGCAAGAAACGCAAAACGAGUGGAUUCCUUGGCGUCUGUUGGGACGCAGCGAGGGGGAAAUGGAAGGCUUCUGUAAAAGUGGGCGACAAGCGCAUUCAGAUCGGCCGGUACGACGACGAAGAAGUAGCAGCACGUAGAUACAACGAGUACGUCCAGCGCCACGACCUGGGGAAUCAGCUCAACGAUGUCGACGCGACUGGCAAGCCUUUGCCCACCACUUUCAAGCGAUCGUCGAGGUUUCACGGCGUUUCUUGGCAUGCCAACCGUAGCGAGUGCCAGUGGCGGGUUCAAUACAGAGAUCCCACUUCGACGCCAGCCAAAACCAAAACAUGCCAUGUUGGCUACUACUCCGACGAGGAGGUCGCCGCGCUCGCCUACAACGAAGCGGUGAUCGCCGCGGGCCUCGACCAUAUUCGAGUGAUGAAUCGCGUCGACGCCUCCGGCCGACCCCUCCCGAAAGACCAGGACUAG